AUGGCGACUGUAGCACCGAAUGCUUCUCUGUUGCGCUUCUCACUCGUGCCGCCGCUAUCGACGUCGACCUCUCCGACGGCGUGUCUCGUCGCUCGUCUAGAUCUACGUCAGCGGUCUACGAUCGCAGAACCCGGGCUUGACCGUCUUCGGAGCACGGCGAGCUCAGCGUCUACUUCAGCAAUCUUGGUGGAAGACCUGCGGUUCGCGAGCGAGCUGGCAUCGGUGGAAGUCUAUAGAAUUCUGGACCCUGGAAACAAGUCAGUCCUCGAGCUCCAUCGACCAUCUGCACCAGCAAAGUGUCGCCGUCGAUGAUUUGUGGGCUAUGCCAAGCACUGCAGCGCUGACGAGUGGGGUUUGUGCGUCAUCCGAUCUUGCUCCCCAUUCCAGAGAACCCUUUGUUUCCCUUUCGCGUAUCUUUCUGGCGUGCCAGAUAUCUCCCAUUGAGGGACUCAUGCGAUUCAAGCUCGUCCGGCCGACUGAUUACGAUUCCAGCUUGGGUGGGAUAGCGCCGUGUAAGUACCCGAACUGUACUCGAAAGGGACUGAUAAUUGACGCGACGCCAUUCCGGGCCGCUAGUUCGAGACAUUUGGGUCCCUUUGAAACUCGCUGCGUCAAUCGCGAACGAGUUGCAUGUGGCCGACGAACUUUCGGCGUUGCUUGAAUGGAGCACUAGAAAGGCCUUCACUGUCGAGGACAAGGAGGAGGGCGGAAUCGUGCACAAGUGAGUGUUGAAAAUUUUAAUGCUUGAUUUUCACUUACCCCGGUGAUUUUUGAAUUUGGUGCCGGCCUCAGUUGGAAGAUUCCGAGUGAUCGCAUUGAUCCUGCUCACUACAGUACAUCCACGAUGCUCAGGUGAGUGAACCACUCAUGGUGACGCGGGGUACUUGACCUAACCUGCUCCAUUCGUCUUCCCCUGACAUGUGUCGGUGUUUUGAUGCAGCACUCGUUUCCCACGUGUUCACCUCCUUCCCUCGGGUAAUCAAGUUCGAACAUUGAUGCCUUCUUCGCUUCCCUACAAAGCCCCGCCGAGAUCCUUCCCCUCGUCCUUCGACGAGCUCUGGUCCCAUAACGUCACUUGGUCAAUCCAGCUGUACGAAGAAUACCUCGAAGUCUUCGAAAUUGAGCACGACGACACUGUACUUGGAUCCGUCUCAUCCGGCAGUUCCACAGCGAAGAACGCCGUCGACCGCGGUCCUCCUGAUCUGACUCCGUCGUUUGUCUUCAGUUCACUCUUCACGCUGUUAUCUCUGAUGGACGAGCUGCCGACGGCAACGCGGAAUGUGCGGCAACGGAUAGGGAAUUCAUAUGAACUUCCAAACGGGUUCAAGUUGAGCAAGGGCGACCUACUCGGAGCCACAGGAUCGAGUGCCGCAUCAACAAACUUGAGAUCAAAGCUUGCGUUGGUUGAUGCGAUUUCAAGGUUGGUCGCGAGGGAAUGGAGACUGAGUUUCUGCACACGAGCUGCAGCCAAGAGGAAUCACCGAAGUCAGAGACCAGGUGAUGGCUCUGAUAGUGACGAUGGUGUUUCAGAGGAGCGGGAUUGGGUGGCUAUGCGACACAAGGUGGACAAGAUCGAAAGAGAACUGGCUGCGCUGUCAGACCGGGCGAUAGGUGUCGCAUCACCGCUGCGGCGGGGUGAUGUCGACAUAAUAGCCCUUCAGGACGGAUUUCACGCUCUAUCGUCACAGGUUUCGCAGCUCGAGCAUCGCCUACGCAUUCUGACUAGUCUGACGUCGUCUCCGAGUUCUGCAUCAGCCCCUUCAGUUCCAGCGCCGCUACCGGCGCUUGAGGGGGAGGGACAUGAGGCGAGUCGGACGAAGAACUCGUCCCAAAAUCUCAAAUCUGGUGUUGCUCCUUUGUGGCACCAAAGCAGCGAAGAUUCGGUGGGGCACGUGGUGCCGUGGCUCGUUCUCGGCGCCGUCGGAGCGUGGACUGCGUACUCCUAUCUAGCAGCGGCGCUCUGA